AUGAAUGCUGUUAAAAUAGAUCAGAAUCUCAAAGUUUGGGACGUUUUGUUACAAGACGUAAACAAAAAUAAUCAUGAAAAAAUUAAAAAAAAAUCAGAAACCAAUGAAUGGAACGAUGUAAAGAAAGGUCCCUCGGGAAAAAUAGAGAAACGAUAUAAUAAUAGAUUCAGUCUUUCAAAUCGGUUUAGCACACUUCAGAACGAACAAAACAACAAUAAUCACUAUGACGCACAACAACUUACAAAUAAUCAAAGUUACGCACCACCACAACCAAAAAAAUCUAUAAGAAGAGCAAAUCCCGUUAUUAACUGUUCUCCAGAAAGAGAUCUUUUACAACAUAACAUCAAAUCAUCUGAAACCCGUAAAAAUAAAAAGAAGAUUAGAAUCAUCAGUGAUAGCAUCGCAAAACGCAUAAGCACUCGAGAGUUCAAUAAUCAUUUGAGAAACAGUGAUGCAAGAUUUAAAGUUUUUCCUGGUUCAAAUAUUAAAAAUUUGGGCCAUUACUCUCUAUCAACCUUAGUAGAUGAGAAUCCAGAAAUAGUAGUUGUCCAUGUUGGAAUAAACGACUUGCUGGAUAUAAAGAGAAAUAAAUCAUCGGUUAAUGAAAUUGCAGAAAAAAUAAUCAAACUAUCACGCGUAUACAUCAAUCAUGGCGUCAAAAAAGUUUUUAUUUUAAGUGUUGUUAUCUCUACUCGUAUUGAUUUUGAGUUUAUCAAAUCGUUAAAUCAUAUACUUGAGAACGAGGCAACGAAAUAUGGCUAUAUUUUUAUCGACAAUAGUAAUAUUAUGGAAUCUUAUUUAUGGAGAGAUGGAUUACAUCUAAUGGAAAAUGGUUUAAAAAUAUCUACAGUAUCCCUGAAGCAACCAAUUGAUUUUAUGUAUUUAUUUAUGACUAAAGACUUGAUUGAUACCAUGGUAAUGGAAAACAACAUGUGUGCUGAAGCUGAGAUUAACAAGCUAAGGCCUUUACGAAGAAGUUCUCAUCUUCAUCAGUGGAAAGAGGUUUCCUCUCAAGAAAUGAGAUGCUUUAUAGCGGUAAUGCUCCACAUGGGUUUUUUAAACAUGCCCACAAUAGAACAUUAUUGGUCACAAGAUAUCUUUUACAACUCUUCUUCUUCGUCAAGAGUAAUGAGUCGAAAUCGUUUCCAGCUAAUUCUUCGAUUUUGGCAUUUUUCUGACAAUGCUAACAGUAUUGGUCGUUUAGAAAAGCUUGGCAAUCUUCUGAAACAUUUCAACUAAACAAUGCGGAGGUUAUAUAAUCCUAA